CAGCGCUAUGUGGUUCAUAUUAACUUUUUGGGCCAGGAGAGCCAGAAGAUGAUGACGAAGUAGAAAGAAGAUUGAAGUGGAAUCCUGUGACGAGAAGUAAACCCAAAUUCGGAUUCACGAGAGGACAUUGGCCAUGGCGGUCAUGGUUUCGCUCUCUCGUACACAAUUGCUACGGCUCUCCUCACUACAAGCGCCGAAUGUGCCCAAUUCCAGGAAGGUCGACAUUUGCAGGUUGUCUGUGGGCAAGAGCCGAAGCCGGGGUGGCAUUUUGAGGUCGUCAACAUUGGUGGCGGAGUCGAGGAUCUCAGGGAUUGCGAGAGCGAGCUCGGAGCAGUGGGGGGAGGGAGCAAUGGCGACUGCAACAGCGGGGGAAGUGGCAGCGGGAGUGAUAGUGGGAGCUGGGCGCGUGGGGCAAGCGUUUGAGAAAAUGGGCGGGGGUCGUGACAUCGUUGUUCGGCGGGGCGAGACUGUGCCAGAAGACAGCGCGGGACCCAUUUUCGUGUGCACUCGGAAUGAUGUUCUUGGGACUAUUGUGGACGCCACUCCAGCGUCCCGGCGGGGAGAUUUGGUGUUCAUUCAGAAUGGUAUGCUCGAGCCAUGGCUUGAAAGCAAAGGAUUGGGGGAUGCAACGCAGGUAUUGGUGUACUUCGCCGUGGCGAAACUGGGCGAUCCCCCUUUGGACGGAAAGACGGACACGAAUCCUGAGGGGUUGACAGCGGCGACGGGGAAAUGGGCAAAGGCCACGGCCGCGCGACUCCACUCUGCAGGGCUUUCGUGCAAGGUGCUGGACGCGGAAGAAUUCAAGAAGCCAAUGCUUGAGAAAUUAAUCUGGAUAUGCGCGUUUAUGUUGGUGGGCGCAAGACAUCCAGGUGCAACGGUUGGUGUUGUUGAGAAGGAGCAUCGGAAAGAAGUAGAGGAUCUUAUCAAUGAGCUCGCAGGCGCAGCAGAAGCAGAGAAGCAAUUGAAAUUCGAUGCUGGCAUUGUAGAUCGACUCUGCGCUUACGCGCGCUCAGUUGCGCAUUUUCCCACGGCUGUGAAAGAGUUUGAGUGGCGAAAUGGUUGGUUCUACGAGAUUUCGAGGCGGGCUUUAGAAAGUGGGAAGUCUGAUCCGUGUCCUUUGCAUACGGCGUGGCUAAAAGAAAUUGGAGUCGUCAAGUCUUAGGUUGCAGAGGAUUUUUCUUUUGAAUGUGUUCAAAUUGAUUGGAUACUUGUUCCGUCUCAAUCUCCAUCCAUGUGCUCUAUGUGAUUGCAUGGCUUCGACUUAUCCGCUAGAUUGCAAUUAGGAGACAAUUGCGAGAAUUCUAGGUUGCUAUGAGGUUGCAAUUGCAUGCUUCAUAUUCGCACUGUAGACUAUUUCUAAUGCUGUGAUACAUACCGAUGUAAAAUCGACGAACUGGACAAGAUUGCGAACUAUGUGCAUGUUGUUGAACUUCGAAUUCA